CACGCCUCAAUAUUAAACAAAGUCAUAAAAAGAAGAACCAAAAUGCAAUAAUAAUUAACAGAAAAAAAGGACAAUUUGUCAUUUCGAGAUUAACGCGACCCAAACCAAUUUACCUCCACUGCCCUUCCUUGUCGCAGUUUUUACAAAGCCCUGCCAAGUCCGAGACACAGAAGCACUUGAAACUAGGAUCCCGACUCCGGCGACUCGGCGACUCAGAGAACGAGUUGCCGGAGCCGAGAAGCUUGACUCGCUCCCUCGAGAGCGGCUGAGACGAGCUCUAAGAUGACAGAGACCCGGAGUCGUCGUUCGCCAUUUUCAGGCUCGGAAUGUAGUCUUGGAGCAUAUCAGCCACGUCCUUGAACGACCUUAGAUUUAGCAGAGCCCUGGCUCUGAGCUCCAAGGCUUGCUCCAUCCGCGGCGAGAGCGCUAGAGCCGCGUCGACAAGGUUCAGCUGCUCCACCGCAACAAAAUGAAACAAUAAAAAACCCGACAACUCAUCAGAGGAGUAGUCUCCAUCAAUGAGACUACCAAUGGAUUGGAGCAACCAAAAAAUGAUGGAUUUUUCUGAGCGGUGCGGGUGGGGCUCUCACUGGGCAGUGGCGGCGUAUUCCGCCAUGGGCGGCGGUGCGCUGGUUGGCGGCGGUGAGCUGAUAUGUUGGAGAAAGAAUGAGAAAUGAGAAAGAAUGGGUAUUAUGUUUGGGCGAGAAAACUGAGUGAGAAUGGGGAAAAAUCAGUUUCUUACCUUGGGUUUCAACACAUGGGGGGUAUAAUCUAGUUGCAUUCGGUAUUUUUUUUUCUAUUUUUGUUCCAAGCUGAUAUGUGUGGACAGUGUGGGCACAAACGGUGAACAUCCGCACAGAAGAUGCCAUGACACAUGUCAUCUCUUCACACAGCAUAGUCACCACGUCCCACCUCCCCCAUCCCAUGCGGAAGACACAUGUAAAUCUCCACCACUCAACCUCUCUGCCCGUCUCUCAUGAAGCCACACCCCACAGCCGCAGCCGCAGCCAUUCAUCACCACCGCCGCAGCCAAAUAUGGAGGACUGGAAAGAAGCCCACUUUCUGAUGCCAAAUCCAUUAGAAUGCUUCACAAAACUAAUAUCCCUCCAAGCAGACUUGAUCUACAACUGCUUGGUCUCUCUCUUCUCCCCCGUCGUUUAUCUUCUCUCCAUUGUCCACGAGUCCUACCACCGCGCCGAGAAAGCGCAACAGACUGUGGAAUCCGCCGUCCUGAAAGUGCCGUCCACCAUCAGCCAUGGUAGCAUCCUCUUGUUAAAGAAGCUGAGUUUUGGGUUCCUCGGAGCUGCAUACGUGUGCAUGAUUUUGAUGACGGUGUUGGUUCUAGCUAUUGUGGUGGGUGUUGGGUUGGUGCAACUGUGGGUGGACCACCCUGUCUUUGUGAGGGAGAGGUUGUAUUUUGAUUACACGGAGGCUUAUCCUACGGCUGUCUUUUAUUUUGGUGAUCAUGCUGGGGUUGAAAGAAACAGCAGGUGGAAGCAGUCGAUGGGUGUUCCAAUUGGCCACACAUUUCAUGUUUCUUUGGCGCUUUUGAUGCCUGAUUCUGACUUCAACAGGGAGAUUGGGGUGUUUCAGUUGUCUGCAGAGCUCUUAUCGGUCAAUGGAAAUGUGAUAGCAAAAUCUAGCCAUCCAUGCAUGUUGCAGUAUAGAAGCUUCCCAAUUCGAUUUGCUCGUACAUUUCUUAUGAGCGUCCCUCUUCUUCUUGGAAUUUCUAGCGAGACUCAAAAAAUAAGCAUAGAAAUAUUAAAGCACAAGGAAGGGAGGCAUAGAACAGAAGCUAUAAGAGUAAUUUUGGUUCCAAGGGCUGGAACUUCAUCACCACUACAGUUGUAUGAAGCUCAACUCUUCAUCCACUCUCAGCUACCAUGGACAAAACAAUUGGUGCACAAUUGGAAAUGGACAUUAUAUGUAUGGACGUCUCUACAUAUAUACAUUAUGCUCCUCAUACUUCUUUUGUGUUGCUGUAAACCACUUAUCUUCCCGAUGACAACGGCAAAUUUGAGUGACCACAAUGAGAGAGCAUUGAUAAUUGAAGAGCCUGUAGAAGCAGAAAUAGAAGCUAGAGAGGAAAGAGAGGUCUCAGAGUUGUUGAGAAGAUGGAAACGAAGUAGAAGCAGAAGCAAAAGAAAGGCGAUCUACCUUCAGGAGGCAAUGCUAGAAACUAUUGGCUCAUCCACAUCGAGCAUUAGUGUGACAAGGGAAGACACUAGUACGGUUAUUGAAGAUAUUGGGGACUCUGAAUCAGUGUGUUAAGGAGAAACAUGUGCUUAAUUAUGAGAAACAUGUACUUUUCGUUUUAGUGAGAAACAUGUGUGUGUGUGUGUGUGAAAUUAACUAAUAUCAUAAUAUGAGUUGCAUAAU